UCAGGAGGGAUUGUGCGCAUGCGCAGCUAGCGCAGCAACGCCAACUUCCUGCAAAAUAGUGCUCCUAUCAACAGACAAAGCUUUACACUUUGGAUUCAAUUGGAGAUGCUUAAAUGUUUGCGUUGUGACUUCCCACCUUCAAUGGGUCCGCACAGAAUCCCCAGGUCCAGAGAGUAGGCUGUGACGGCGUGCUGUCUUGUCGGGUCGCUCUGCCGCAAAGAUGGAUGACACGCAGGAGCUGCCGGCGAAGAAAGCCAAGCUUGACAGAGACAGUGGACUGGAGAAAGAGCAAAGUAAUUUGGGAGAGGAUGGAAGCCCAAAUGCUGUGCUCGCUCCAUCAGAGCAGGAAAGCUCUUACUCUGCCCUGUCCAUCUCCCAACUUGGCACACGGGAUCGGGAAUCUGAAGGAGAGAUCGGAGCGGCACCCCAAUUGAACGCAACGUAUGCACAUUCGGCCACAGACACGGCAGCCGGGUCGGAAUACACUCAGCAGGUCUAUGAAGGAAGCAACCCUGUGGCGACGUCAUACCCCAGCCCGGUGGCCUUCCCCACGCUGGCUCACUCUGCUGUGUAUUCAGCUUUUCCGCAGACAGGCCAAACGUAUGGCCUCCCACCCUUUGGUGCUAUGUGGCCAGGCAUAAAAACUGAGACAGGUCUGCCAGAGGCGGCCUCUGGUGGCCAGCCUGGGUUUCUCAGCUUCAGCACCACAUAUACCUCAAGCCAGCCAAGCCAGCUGCACUACUCAUACCCCAGCCAAGGCUCGAGUUUCACAACAUCCAGCGUGUACUCCAACAUCCCGUCGGCGACGGCCGCUACCACGGCAUCCACCACGGUAGCUCUCCAAGACUUCAGCAGCUACAACUCACUGGGCCAGAGCCAGUUUUCACAGUAUUACAACCUGCCUGCCAGUUACGUGCCCGCGGGCCUGCCUAACAGCGACGACCACGGAGCCGCCGUGGGAGGGGCCGUGUAUUCGGCCGUUAAGUCGGAAGAGGCCGCCUCGGCGGCACUACCUCCCAGAGAUGCGUCCCCAUCAGAGAAUGUGCCGGCAGGGGCGGCUCUGCCCAUCAGCGUUCCUCACCCUGCUGGGGCCAGAGACCAAGACGAGGUCGGACGCAGAAACUCGAUGGGAAAAGCGAAAGGAAAAGCCAAAAAGUGCGACAGCUCCCCACCUACUGAAAACGACCUGGAGCGCAUCUUUCUGUGGGAUCUGGAUGAGACCAUUAUUAUAUUCCACUCGCUACUCACAGGCUCUUUCGCGCAAAAGUUUGGCAAGGACCCUGCGACCAUGUUGAACUUGGGCUUGCAGAUGGAGGAGUUUAUCUUUGAGUUGGCUGACAACCACCUGUUCUUCAACGAUUUAGAGGAAUGUGACCAAGUCCAUGUGGAGGAUGUCGCCUCAGAUGACAACGGGCAGGACCUAAGUAAUUACAAUUUCUUGGCGGAUGGAUUUAACGGCCCCAGCGGCGGAGGUGCAGCCGGAGCCACGACAGGCGUGCAGGGUGGUGUGGAGUGGAUGCGCAAACUGGCCUUUCGCUAUCGCCGCCUAAAAGAGAUUUACAACAGCUACAAGGGAAAUGUCGGAGGCCUGUUGAGUCCGGUGAAGAGGGAGCUGCUUUUACGGCUUCAGUCCGAUAUCGAGAAUGUGACUGACUCCUGGCUCAGCACAGCGCUCAAGUCUCUACUGCUCAUCCAGUCCAGGGGGAAGUGUGUCAAUGUCUUGGUCACAACCACGCAACUGGUGCCAGCGCUGGCUAAGGUGCUGCUCUACGGCCUGGGAGACGUCUUCCCCAUCGAGAAUAUCUACAGCGCCACAAAAAUAGGUAAAGAAAGUUGCUUCGAGAGGAUCGUCUCUCGCUUUGGGAAGAAAGUGACAUACGUUGUCAUCGGCGACGGGCGCGAUGAAGAGUUUGCAGCGAAACAGCACAACAUGCCUUUCUGGCGGAUCUCCGCUCACAGCGACCUGGUGUCCCUGCACCAAGCGCUGGAACUGGACUUCUUGUAAAUAAGGAGACGGCGGCGGUGGGAUGUUAAAAGCGAAAAAAAAGUGAGCAGCCAGUUAUUGUUUCUGGACGGACAUUGAUCAAGAAUUCUCUGCGCCUUCAAUGCUGCUCACGUGCUUAUAUACGGACAGCUGUGAGCUGGCUGACAGAUGCUCAAAAGGAACUGAGGUAGAGCUGACUGUGAGAAAACAGACCGGGUGUGCAGUUCGCUGCUUUUAUGUUUGUGCCCAGCACUCCCUAUUCUUUGGCAGCUAAUCUCGCCACAGCUUAAAAAAAAUAUUUGAUUCAUACGGACGCAGAAGAGGCAGUGUCAUUGUUUGAUUCUUUUUAAUUUAAUUUUAGGUUGGAGGCAGGGACAUAUCCCUCCUGACUUCAAAUUACCAAAGGGCCUUGACUUUACGUGCAUAUAUUUGAGUUUGCAUUCAAAAUGUUUAAGCCAUUUCUGGGCUCAUUUGCACUCGUUCUGUUUGCACUCAUUUCGACGACAUCUAUCAAAUACAGUGAACCUUUGCUGUUCCUGGGGCAUCAGAAACGAGCCCUAUCGCAACUAACGAAAAGAAAUGUGUGUAAUUAACUCCCCCCAGAAAGGAUUACAGUUGCCUUUCAUUGCCAUGAUGGCAGCAAGGCGCUCCUCAACUCACUUCAGUUUAGUUCCUUGACAUAGUUGGCGGCUAACUCAUAUUUUUUUUUAAUGGUUUAUUUUUUUUGCCGGUAUAAAUCAAACUCAACAACUCACUUCCGGGAUACCAAGAUGAUAACAAAGCACUACAGUCAAACCUCGGUUUUCGAACGUCUCUGUUCGACCAAAAAUGUUGAGUUUUUUUUGCCUCGGAUGAAGACCGAAUUUCGGUUUUUGAACAAACUGAGCGCACUUGCAUGCGUCACUUGACUUCUCUCGCCUUCCUUACACGAGGAAGUAACACUUCCUCCAAACACUUCCUCCAGUAGACGAGGAAGUGACGCUUCUUCGUAUAGCGUUCCAUUGUGAGCAGACGUGUUCAAUACUUUUUUUUUUAAGCAUGCUUUCGGUUUUCGAACAAAGCAGUUUUCGAACAGCCUUCUGGAACGCAUUAUGGUCGAAAACCGAGGUAUGACUGUAUUUUUGUUGAAAUGAAACUCUUCUUCUACGUCAACAUAGUUCGGGAGUGCCGAAGCGCGACGAUGCAGGGGUUCACUGUUCUUGAUCAUUUGUUUCCUUAUUUGUUUGCCUGCCGUCUCGUCACUGCAAUAUUUGAAGUGAGGAACUGUCAUCAGGAAGUGUCCCUGUCUCGCUACAUGCGUAGCCUCACGUAACUCUGCAGCAUGUUGUAAUAAGAGGCGAGAACCAAUUCAAAGUAGUAUUAGUUACAACGACAAGGUUUUGACCCUGUGGAAAUUAUGCAUCUGGAGUUUUCAGAUGAGCUGAAAUGUGUUCACUUUAUGCUUUGAGAGAUGGGGGGGGGGGGCUUUAAUUUUCCUGCAAUUAUAACCAUCAUCAAAUACUCAACUGUUGGCCCUUUGGCUUUCUCAUAGCACAAGCCCAAGUGUCCUUCAAGAGUGUUCACAUAUGGAACAUGGUAUUAAAUUAAAGGAUUUAUUGGCCUUUUUUGUUUAAACAAGUAGAUAAGAAUGUGACCCUUGUAAAUAAUUAUCUAAGUCACAUUUUGGGGGUUUUUUUGUACUAAACCUGACUCCGCUCUCACAAACACCGAGUAGGUGGUCCCCUCUUUCAUCUUUUUAGAAAUGACAGGCCAUUUUAUCCUCAUGUCCACAUGUAGCAGAGAAAUAUUUGGUGCAAUUUGGCAAAUCAACUCCUGAGUAGCUCGUGAGUCAAAUUGAGCCUCUGAAAGUGCUUAAUUCAUGCAAUUGAAUGUCGAAACCAAAUAUCAACCAAAAACUAAAUUCAUUAGUUGAGCAAUCCUGGGUGGGAGUUGUUUAUGUCAGUUAAGUGGACGGAUUUGGACUUGUGGUAAAAUGGAGGAUGAAAGCAAGCUUGAUAAGCUUGACAUCGUCAUGCAAACUGAAACGGUACAAAUGAGAUAGCGACUGUGCAAUACAUCUUUCCAUUGCUCAUUAACGAUAGUUUCGAAAGUAAGGGGGCAGGGUCAACUUUGUGUCCACACACCACGAUGACUGAACAAUUCUGAGCCUGAAGGUUUUGGUCUUUACUCACUCGCGUUAAGAAUGUGUAUUUGUGUGCAUUUGUUUGGUUGUUUUGCAUAUUUAUAUUGUGCCUUUAUCUAUCUGUAUGCAUAAUCUCAAAGGGAAAUACGUAUGUUUUGGUUUAGUCCUCGUAAAAAUAUAUUGUUAUCCUAAGUGUUAUUUCUCCUCUUUUAAUGCGGUUUUGUUUCACCCGAAUUCAUUACGUUUUGUGGAAAUUCUUUCGAAUUGGCAUUUUUCUCUCGGUUUAGAUGUCAGCAACCUCGUGUGGCAUUGACGAGCCCUUUUUUUUUAAAUGUAUUCAUUUUUUCCCCCCUGAAUCCCGUGUGCUCUGUAUUACUGUUGAAUAGAAUCGUUUGCAUUUAUUAGUUGCUAUCACAUCAUACUGACUUGGAGACAAUCAAUAACUAAAUGCUAUUACUGGCUCAGAUUACUGUGGUAUAAGUGGUAAAAAGUAAGUUGAACAAAGCAAUUGAAUAGUUUUGGUUCACUUUCACGCUCAACUGACGGAAUGGCGCUACCAUUUUUGGUACAUGAAACAAUUCUGUUCUGUAGUGACCCUGCAUGCAUAUCAUGUCUGUUUUAAAGUAAACAAUGGGGAUGCAAUGUUAUAAGUACAAUGUUAGUCAGUUAUUUUUUGUAAUGUUUGCUUUUUUUAAAUCAUCUCAUGGCCAGGAAUUUAGACCACAGUAGCUGUUUAGGACCUCAACACAUCGCUGUAAGAAUUUCCUGUUUAUCUGAUAAAGUCAGUAUAUUGUAAA